GAGCCCCCCCGCUUCCAUUCUAAUCCGCCCCCUGCCGAGCCACCAACGCCCCAAACCCCUCGCCCUCCCAAACCCUAACCCUAAAACCUCGGCCCUCCCGCCGCCGCCGCCCGAUUCCCCUCCCCAGUCUCCGCAUCCCCUGUUCGGAUUGAAGCGAUGUCGUCCGACGAGGAGGUCAGGGAGGAGAAGGAGCUCGACCUCUCCUCCAACGAGGUCGUCACCAAGUACAAGACCGCCGCCGAGAUCAUCAACAAGGCUCUGAAGUUGGUAUUGUCGGAGUGCAAGCCGAAAGCCAAGAUUGUUGACAUUUGUGAGAAGGGUGACAAUUUCAUAACAGAGCAAACUGGGAAUGUCUACAAGAACGUGAAGAGGAAGAUUGAAAGGGGCAUUGCUUUCCCGACAUGCGUAUCCGUGAACAACACGGUCUGUCAUUUCUCCCCACUGGCAACUGAUGAUUCUGUACUCGAAGAAAAUGACAUGGUGAAGAUUGAUAUGGCUUGCCAUAUUGAUGGAUUUAUUGCUGUGGUAGCUCAUACACAUGUCAUCAAAGCUGGUCCGGUUACUGGAAGAGCAGCUGAUGUUCUGGCUGCUGCCAACACAGCUGCAGAAGUUGCAAUGAGGCUUGUUAGACCUGGAAAGAAGAAUAAGGAUGUCACUGAAGCAAUUCAGAAAGUUGCUGCUGCUUAUGAUUGCAAAAUCGUGGAAGGAGUUCUUAGUCAUCAGCUGAAACAAUUCGUCAUCGAUGGUAACAAAGUGGUACUUAGUGUUUCCAAUGCUGAUACCAAGGUGGAUGAUGCUGAAUUUGAAGAAAAUGAAGUGUAUGCAAUUGAUAUUGUCACCAGCACUGGCGAGGGAAAGCCAAAGCUAUUGGAUGAGAAGCAGACCACUAUUUAUAAGAGAGCUGUAGACAAGAACUAUCACUUGAAGAUGAAGGCAUCAAGGUUCAUCUUCAGUGAGAUUAGCCAGAAGUUCCCAAUCAUGCCAUUCACUGCUAGGGCGUUGGAGGAGAAGCGUGCACGCUUAGGUUUGGUAGAAUGCAUGAAUCAUGAGCUGUUGCAGCCAUACCCUGUUCUCCAUGAAAAGCAAGGCGACCUUGUUGCCCACAUCAAAUUCACCGUGUUGUUGAUGCCAAAUGGGUCUGACAAGAUCACGUCACAUCCACUACAGCAGUUGGAGCCCUCAAAAUCCAUUGAGGAUGAUGCGGAGAUCAAGGCUUGGCUUGCUUUGGGCACAAAGUCAAAGAAGAAGGGUGGUGGCAAGAAAAAGAAAGGCAAGAAAGGAGAUGCAGCAGAAGCCGCAGAGCCCAUGGAGGUUUCUAAGGACGCACCAAGCCAGGAAUAAUUCGUAUUUUUUUGAAUUGCUUCCGUUACGUUUGUACCUGCUCCUUUGCUGCAUCUGAUUGUGUUAUAUUACAUUCAGCUGUGGGGAUUUGAGUACCUUUUUUGAAGUGUCUAAUGGAAAUGAUCCUUCUGCACAUCACAUCAAAGCUCAAGCCUGAUAAUUAUGUACGGUGUGCCGAAUGUUUACCUGUCAGUUCUGCUUAUAAAUCUGGCUUACAACUA